AUGUCAGCGUCUACGGUCACGGUGACAAACAACUAUACGGUGACAGUCACGGACACAUCGACUGCAACGGUCAUCAAUACUGCAACGGCCACAAUUCAAAACACGGCGACGGUCACUGACUAUGAGACGGCCACGGCGACUGUGAGCUGGUUGAGCACCCACACCCAGAUAUGGGAGGUCAGCGUGAGCGUCACUGCGACUGCGACUGCCACAGCAACUGUCCAAACCACCGAGUACAUUACGACGACACAGUUCUCGACUUACACAACAUCGUACCCGGUGACCCAAACCACGACAGUUUGCAAUGGGUAUUCCGGGGAAUAUCACGAGGGCGAUUACGAGGCGUCUCCUUGGGAAUGCGUGGUUAGUACGACAACCAAGUGGGAAACGACGACCACAACCGAGACCAUCAGGGAGACCAUUCCAACCACCCAUUGGACGACCAUCCCGACAACGGUUCCGACCACCAUCGUCCAGUCGACCAUAGUGACCAACAACGUCACCCUCACCCAAACUACGACCGCGACCAGCACCCAGACUACCACCUACACCACCAUGGUCAGCUACCCAGUCACGGUUAUCUCGGGCACCACAGAAUGGAAGACGGACACCACGACCGUCGUCUCCACCUACGUGACGACAUUCGUCACGACGGUGGCUACCACCGUCCCAACAACAGUCCCAACAACUGUUCCGACAACCGUCCCCACUACUGUGAGGGUGUCGACGACCGAGACCACGACUUACACAACCACUAUCAGCUAUCCGGUCACCGUCAUCUCAGGCACCACAUCAUGGACAACUGACACCACGACCGUGGUCUCUACCUACGUGACCACGGUCCCGACGACCGUUCCAACAACAGUCCCCACGACCGUGAGGGUUUCGUUGACCGACACAGUCACAACCACGGAACGCAUUCCCAUCACGCUGACCAACACCACCACGGUGACCUUGGUCUCGACUUUGGUCACGUCGUACCCGGUCACCGUGACCGACAGCACCACCAUCUACACGACCGAGAUCUCGGUGGUGACCACAACGGCCGUCUCGACCUACAUCACCGUCAGCACUUCCACAAGGGAGCUCACCAACACAUUGACGGCCACGGUUACGCAGCUCUCGACGCUUCCUGCUUCCACCAUUACCUCGGUGUUCACGACAGUCCUGCCUCCGACCACCGUCACCAUUACUGAGGAUGGCGAGGUGAUUACGACGACGAUUCCCGGACCGACCGUCACACAAACGACGACGGCCACUAUCCCGCCUGUUACCAUCACCGUUCCGGGCCCGACAGUAACCCGCGAUAUCAGUGUGUGUCCUGCGCCGACGAACUCUGCUCCUGUCUCGCGCCCUCAAACCACGCAGCGGCAGCUCUGGGGCUGCGACCCUGGAUUCGUUUGCAACAUGCCGAAGCCCAGCGGCUGCAACCUGUGGGCCGGUCCGCCGAGCAACGAUUUCUUGUGCGACCCCAGGUACUGCGUCCCGGCACCGUACUACCCUCUCGUGGACUGGCCUGAGGGAAAGACGGGCUACUACCCGCCGACCGAAGGGUACUUCAACCUGAACCCCAACGCGUUCGGCUUGAGCUACGACAUCUUCGAGGUGCACGAAGUCGUCACCAAAAUCAAUGGCAAGAAGACAACUAUCGCGACGGGCAACUGGGUCUCGCAGACGGACAUCACGCACUUCCCGCCGGAGCCGACCUCGGCGACGCUCAAGCACUACGGCCGCGGCAUCCCGAGCCACCGCCUCUCCAAGCGCGACGAGACGGUCGCCCCGGCCAUCUGCUACGACAUCUGCAACAACGCCUUCCUCGAGGGUCAGCGGGUGGGCCUAAGUUCGGACCUCUGCGAAGACUCGUCUCCCUUCAGGGAGUACUCAGACAACUGCCAGAAGUGCAUCGGGGCCAACAAGGCCGACCUCAAGAUUACGCUGCGCGAGUACGUCGGCCCGGCGUUUGAGCAGUUCUGGGGCUAUUGCGACAUCCAGCCGCCACAGUCGCAGGUCGCGACCACCAACCUCCCGCCCCAGACGCAGGUCACCUCGCAGCCGCCCAUCCUGACAAGCACGCAGCAGCCGCCCAACACCAACACCGAGCCCGAGCCGAUUCCCAGCACCAGCACCACCAGCAGGGGCACGACCUCGCAGGCGCCCCAGCCAAGCUCCACCUCGACUAGCGCGCCCCCGGCAACGAGCGCCUCACCAACCUCAAUCUGGUCCUCGACCUCGACAGUGGCCACCGCGGGAUCGGGCUCGUCGCAGACACCACCGGCCAGCUCGUCGUCGUCGUCCAAUUUGUCCAGGACAACAACACCCCCUGGCACCAGGACCAGCACAGGCACAGGCACAGGCACAGGCACGUCUACCCUGCGGACGUCCACCACGGGUAGGGCGCCGAGUACGUCCAUUGCUACUGCUGCGGCGGGUAGGGUGGUGGUCCCGUCUGGGAACUGGCUGGGUGCGGCGUUUGGGGCGCUCUUGUUCUUCUUUUUCUAG